GUCAAGUGCAGAGGCAGUUGCAAUCAGAGCUCUACACAAGAGACACCUUUGCAGAAAAAAAGCAGCUGAAAUUGAUCUGAUUCUUCUACCCAUCAACAUGGCUGAGCGCAGAAUUGUUCUUGGAAAAACUGGAACUGGAAAAUGCUCAUUGGCAAACACAAUCCUUGAAAAACAAGUGCUUAAACUUUAUGUUCUGCCAAAGUUUAUAGGAAGUAAAUGUGACAGUGAAACCAGUGAAAUUCACGGGAGAAAGAUCACAACCUUCGACACUCCUGGAUUUUUUGACACCAAAGUGAUGGAAAAUAACCCGCUAUUUGAAAUGGCAAAGCGUGUCACUCCGAUUAUUCGAAGACUUGAAUACAGCUCUACUCAGCUGCUGAAAGAGGCCAUCUUUAAAAUGAAGGAGUUCUUUUCUGAGAAAGCUAAAACAUAUGCACGGAUCGUCUUCGCUCACAGGUAUCAACUGGAAAAUCAGAACAUUGAGAAAUUUGUGAAUGAAAAUUGUGAUCUUCAAGAUUCAAGAUACUUUAUUAGUCCCACGGGGGGAAAUUCUUUGUUUUUCAGAACAACCCAGAACAAGACAGACAGAGAGGUACACAGACAGUUCAAGGUUCACUGCGGAAGCAGCCAACUGAAUGGUGCCCCUUAUCUGCGUGGAUUUGUGGAGCUAAAACCUGAUCACCGGCAGCUAACCAGCUACAACCACCUCACCAGCAGCUAUCCAGCUACAACCAGACGACCAGCAGCCAUCCAGCUAAAAUCAGCUCACAAGCUGCUAUCCAGCUACAACCACACCACCAGCUGCUAUCCAGCUACAACCAGACCACCAGCAGCUAUCCAGAUACUGGAAAUCUGGACAAGGCCUGCUCACCAGCAGCAGCUGAGUGACUAGGUAGAAACCAGUGGAGGCAUUUAUUUAAUUCCCCAACAUUUCUUUCAACACCAUGGAAGUAGGGCUUCAAGUAAAAUCUCCUUGUGUAAGCUGUCGGCAAUAUCAAUAACUGACUAGAUUUUGUCCCUUCCUCCCACAUUCUGGAAAAGACAACUGCUUUUUACAAACAAAACAGCUUCCUUUUCAUGACCUGCUACCCCUCCAGUCUACCACAUCAAGGCCAUUAUCACAGACAAGACUUUUAUGAGGGGAUGUGGUAGGAGACAACCAAAUAAUUACUGCCUUCGCCCACUAAAGGGAGCACUAAAGCCAGAGGAAGCAGGCUCGCCAACCAAUAACAGACUGUACCACCCUCUUUUGACAUGGCACUUUCUAAUGUCCGAUCUUUAUCUAACAAGAAUUUUAUUGUAAACAAUUUUAUCCUAG